AUGACCAUUGUGAUAAUAUAUUGUAAUUAUCAAUUUAAUUUUUACGCACUGCAGACAGAGGAACUGACACGACUACGUUCUACUAAUCAAGAACAAGUAACACGUAUUGGACAUUUGGAAAUGAAACUAGAUGAGAAAGGACAUCAGUUGAAGAGUCAAACAAGUGAAAUC